AUGGUGGAAUUUUUAGAUACUUUAAAUAUAGCUGUUAAUCAAGAAAGGGCUCUAAUCAAUAAUGGGGAUAUUGAUGUGGAAAAUCUGGGUAUUGAGGAAGAUAAUAUUAAACAUAAGGAAGGAAACUAUGUUAGUGGAAGUGAAAGUACUUCUUCUAAACAUUUACAAGGCACUAGAUGUAGGAAUGAUGAUUUGGAGGAAGGGGAAGUGGGGAACAUUGAAAUAUGGAUUCCUAUGGAAAAGGAAGAAGCUUUUUGGAGGCAAAAGGCUUCUUCCAAAUUCCUUGUGGAAGGUGAUCGUAAUACUGCCUAUUUUCACAAUAUUGCUAAUCAUAAUAAAGUCAGCAGGCAUAUUCAUAAGAUCACUUUGUCUGAGGGUGAUAUCAUAGAGGACCCAGACUUGAUUGCCUCUUUAGGAGUUGAUUUUUUCGGCAAACUUUUUAAUUCGAACUUUGCUCUCAAUCUUAAUACUGAUUUCUCUUUUAUUCAGGCUAUGGUGUCGGAAGAGGACAAUUAUUUGCUCACUAAAACUCCCUCUGUUGAGGAGAUUUGGGAUAACUUAAAUAGUAUGAACUCUGACUCUGUUGUUGGUCCCAAUGGAUUUAAUAAUAAAUUUUUACAAAAAUCUUGGGAAAUUAUUAAGGAGGAUCUUAUUAAUGCUGUUGUUGACUUUUUUAAUGGUUAUUAG